AUGGACUAUGUAAAAGUUGUUCAACAGACGUCUGGAUUAGUAAUAUUCCCAGUCAAAAACGGCAUUAUAAGUUUAGUGCGUGAUAUUGGAGAUAUUCCUGAAACCUUGAGGAUCCUCUUGGUCGGAGUUCAUGGCUGGGGGCCAAUUUAUAGUAAUAGCACAAGGACUUCUGACGAACUACUUAGGCGAGCACGAAUCGAAUUCAAAAACUAUGUUCCCAAUUCCAUUUUCUACGAGCACGUAAUCGCAUCAGAUGGAACGGUAUCUCAACGUGUUGAGGAUGCUUGGGAAUCAGUCCAGAGCAAGAAGGAUGGUGCAUUCAAAAGAUGCGACAUUGUAUGUUUCCUUGCCCAUAGUCAGUCCUUGGUUGCCGAUUUGGAUUUCUUGACGUUCAUUGCUACUGUUAUUUUUCUAGUUGGCAAAAAAUUUGGCCUUAUCUCAUUUGCAGGCGUACAUCAAGGAACAUACGAACCUCGGGCAGUAAUUACCAAGAUGCCUCGUGCCGCUACAGCAGAGUUAUGGCACUUGUCAGAUGAGACAGAGGAGACCACAAAGACGUACAGGGAAGCAGUGAAGAGAGUUUUACAAUCUGGCGGACGGAUCGUUGCGUUCCACAGCUACGGUGAUCAGGUUGUCUGUCUGUCUUCUUCGACUAUGAACGAUAUCGCCUUGAAUCAUGAAAAUCUUGCCAUAGGAUUAUAUAUACCACAGUCCCUUGCACCCAACUAUCCAAAAGAUCUAUUGGCAUCAAUGGCAGCUUUAUAUUGUAAAGGGCGCAAUGUUGGCUUACGAUGGGACCAGAAUCUGGGAAAGGUACUAAAAGAAACUGAAAGUCUAUCCCGUCUGGCGUUUUUGAAAUAUGUAAGCAACAUUCACGUAACUUCUUCUUUAUCAACUCCAGAAACGCUGCAGGAAUUUAUAACGUCUCAGGUUCAACUCGCACAGUCCCACUCGUUGCUCUCGUCCGAUGCAACGAUGAUUAUGAGUUCGUUUAAAGACUUUUGGAAUGGAAAUAAAUACAGAGAGUUUGAAGAAGAUUGGCGUAGAAUGAAUGUAGCUUGGGAGGAAAUUAAACUUAGUAGAGCCCCAUUACAGACGAAUGAGAAUGAAGUACUGACUUCAGCUAAACGUAUUUCUGGGCUCUGUCAAAUUUAUCGAUACCAACACACGUCGAAUGAUAGAGCCGAACUUCCUCAAAAGUCAACUAGCCAGUCUCAUCAAAAUAUAAUCGAUCAGGAUGUAGAGUGGCCCGCUAUUCCUCCAAUCCCACGAGUUAACGAAGAUAUUGAGAAGAAAAGAGCUCGGUUGGUUUAUCAGUCACGAAAACGUGGUAUUCUCGAAACGGAUUUAAUUCUCUCUACCUUUGCUAAUAAGUAUUUGCACGAAUUUUCGGAAGAGGAACUGGCAGAGUAUGAUCAACUGUUAGACGUGCCAGAUUGGGACAUAUAUUACUUUGCUACUAACAAGAAGACAGUACCGGAGCAGUUAGAAAAGAGUGGAGUAUUCCAAAAGUUAAAGGAGCAUGUAAAAAAUGAAGGAAAAGUUAUUCUAAGAAUGCCUGAUCUGCGGUAA